GGAACCAAUGUUUAGAUUGCUUCAAUUGCACCCAAGAAAGUUGAAAAAAUUUUCAAUCCACCCCCUUCCGUCCAAUUGCUCCGUCUGAUGAGACGGAAAUGGACCCACGUGCGCGGCAUGUGACUUAUAUGCUCUUAACCGGACGAAAAUACCCUCAAAAAAUUGAGCCGUUGUUUUCUAAGUCACCCGUUUUGUUUCAUGUAUAUUUGGUUCAAAUAUUGUUUAAGGAAAAACAAGGGUUUCGAAUUUGAAGGCUGACGGAGACGAUGGACGCCUCGACACAGGACUCGACCCCUGGCCAGAUACCCGUCUGUUCUGGGCAAUCGAUUGGGCACUCGAAGGAGAGGAUGGAAGCAAGGUCGGAGUCCCCACAGAGUGUUGCCACUUUUUCACGGCAACGAGUAUGCUACUGCGAGCGGCCGAUGAAUGUGAAAACGGCGCACACGAGCAAAAAUUUCGGAAGAAGGUUUAUGGGGUGUGAAAAUUGGAAGAUCCACAGAGAUUGUGGUUUCUUUGAGUGGGUUGAUCCCAAAAUGUGUGCACAUGGUCAGAGGGUUGUUGGUCGAUUGGUUGAGUGGCACGAAAGUUUGGUGGCAGAAACUAAACGAUGUGAAACCAUGGUUGAAGUAGAAGUUGGGAAAGUGAAGGCCGAAAUGGAGAAAGAGAUUGAGAAGGUGAAGGCCGAAGUUGACAAUGAGAGGAACGCAGAAAUUGCACAAUACCGUAAAGAAAUUGAGAUUUGGGGGAUCAAAUUUGAAGCAGUGAAGAAGAAUUACCACACAAUGCUUGUGUGUUCGUGGAUUUUAUUUGCAUUGUGUUUCUUCUUCGGACAUGCAGCCAAAAACCAGGAGGACAAUAGGGUUGGUUAUUUGAGGUUGCCUUGAGUUGUAUUGUUAGACAUUUUUUGUGCACUUCUAUGGGGCCAUAGAAGCUAGAAGUGAACCAUUUUUUGUGCACUAAGUUGUGUUGUGGUAUUUUGGUUGCCUUAUUGCAUGUAUUUAAGUGGGAUUGUUUGUAGUUGGAGCUGCUUGUAUUUAUAAAGUAACAGAAUUUUAUCCCAU